UGCAGUGUCCAUGGGUGCAGUAAACGAGCACAGACCCGCCGGCUAUGCAAAGCUCACGGAGGUGGCGUACGUUGUCGUGCCCGGGACUGCAAGAAGCUCGCACAAACGCGAGGAUUGUGCGUCGCUCAUGGAGGCGGGCGCCGAUGCUCUUACCAAGGCUGUCCGAAGCUUGGGCAGUACUCGGGCUUCUGCCUCGCUCACGGAGGCGGUCGACGCUGCCGCGUCCCAAGCUGCGAGAAGUUCGUGCAGAUGCGAGGCUAUUGCAAGAGCCACGCAAAGCAAUUCCUGCAAGCGCCCAACGCUUCAAACCGGUUCCCAGCGACAGUCGACUCGCCAGUGUCCAGCCCGCUCAAGUUAUCCGUCGAUUUCCUCUUGAAUCCGGAG